AAAAGAAAAAGCGUGCCCUACGCUCAUGUUUACUGAACGAACGCACCACCACAACGGGAAGAAAUACGAAAUCACCCCAUCAACUCCAUCUCCGGCCACAGUUCGAGCUGGCCACUCCACCUCCAGCGACAACAUUAGGCGGCGACUUCUCCUCCGGCCACUCCUCCAGCCGACGAUUGCAUCUCUGGUAUAACAUUUUAGUGUCAUCAAUUCAAUAAUGAGAAAACGAACAAAAGUUGCUGAAUUUGCACAUGGAGAUGAAGCAUCAAAUCCCAAAUCUUUUCAAGAAGAUAGAAAUCAAUUUCCAUCAUCCAAGAAAAUCUUUUUAAUUUGUUUAAUAUUCAGAAUCACAAAUUCUUUAUUUGUGCAAACAUAUUUCAACCCAGAUGAACACUGGCAAGCUCUUGAAGUUGCACAUAGAAUUACAUUUGGAUAUGGACAUUUAACAUGGGAGUGGACAAAAGGGAUACGAAGCUAUUUGCAUCCAAUGAUAUUUGCAGUUCUAUAUAAAGUUCUUUCACUUUUACAUCUUGAUACUCCAUUGUUCAUGAUCAAAGCUCCAAGACUAUUUCAAUCUUUGUUGUCUGCCUUUGGUGAUCUCUACUUGUUCAAACUCUCUCAUGUCCUGUAUGGUGGCCAUGUUGCCAAUUGGGCUCUUUUUGCACAGUUAACAAACUGGUUUAUGUUUUACUGUAUCACACGAACAUUAUCAAAUAGUUUGGAGACAAUUCUUACAGUUGUUAGUCUCUACUACUGGCCCAGUUUGAGGACCAAUUUGACCAAAAUGCCCUCAGGUUCUAGAACCUGGGCUUUGCUUACAGCUGCUUUAGCCUGUGCCAUUCGCCCCACAAGUGCUAUCAUUUGGGUUUAUGUUGGAAUUACCGAGUUUUUUGGGUCCCACAAUAAGCUCAAAUUCAUUUUUCUUCAAGUUGUGCCAAUUGGAUCUAUCGUGCUUGGAUUGACAUUCAUAUUGGACAGAUUGAUGUAUGGUUCAUGGGUUUUAGUGCCUUUAAACUUUUUAAAGUUUAAUUUUCUUUCAUCUGGAGGUGACUAUUAUGGAACUCACCCAUGGCACUGGUAUUUCACCCAGGGAUUUACAGUUAUAAUAUUUACUUUUUUACCCUUUAUGGUGGUUGGCAUCAUUCAGUCUAAAAACUGGAAGCUUUCUGGACUCAUUUUGUGGGUUUUAGCUCUUUAUAGCAUAUUAGGGCACAAAGAAUUCAGGUUUGUCCUACCUGUGCUUCCACUAGCUUUAUUAUUCUCUGGUUAUUCAUUAGCCAAAUUAAGCCAACAACAACAUUCAUCCAGCAACAAAAAUAAAAGCUUCUGGAAGAUAAAAGCAGCAGUUUUUUUCUUACUUGUAACAAAUAUUCCCAUGGCUCUUUACAUGACUAUGGUUCAUCAGAGAGGAACUGAGGAUGUGAUGAAUUAUUUAGCUAAAGAAGCUAAUCAAAGGAACGUGAAAAGCAUUUUGUUCUUAAUGCCAUGUCAUUCUACUCCCUUCUAUUCAACUUUACAUCAAAAUCUUCCUAUGCAUUUCUUGGAUUGUUCACCAAGCGAAAUUAAGGGAAUCCAAGAUGAGUCGGAUCGCUUCAUAAUGGAUCCAAUUGGUUUCGUAUCGGAAUAUGUAAAAAACUGGGCCCCACCAAGUCAUAUUGUACUAUUUGAUACAGAAGAGAAAUAUAUUAAAGACUUCCUUUUCUCACAUUCUUUCAAAGAGAUAAAAAGAUUCUUUCAUGCUCAUUUUAAGGUGGAUCGAGAUCUUCAAGCAUCAGUUGUUGUGUAUGCUCUUUUAGACCAAUGACAUUUUAUAUUUAUUUUGACCUAAUUACAAGAAGCCUAAUUUGUCAAGUAUUCUUAAUUAGCCUUCAUGUUUUGUUAAUAUAUUGUUAUGUAUUCUUGAUCUCAUGUAUAAAAGACGCGAAUGAGCUUUUUAAUUA